CUUCAAUUUACGACUCCAAGAAACUCCGUGAUAGUGUGAGUGACAAUGUUCAAGAAAAGCACAAGAAGAAACUUUCGACAAAGAAAAGAUGAUUCCAGUGAGGACGAGGAUAAGAAAAACGAAUGCGUUAACGAAAGCUCUCCGGAUCAUGAUACGGUUCCUGUCAACAAGCCGUCUAAAGUGACCAGCGGGCGCGGAAUCUCCUGCAGCUCAAAGCGGGAGGUUGCGCAGGUUAAGUCGCAGUGUCAAGUGGAGGAAGACGGGGAGCACUUGGAGGAGACAGCCGAGAAAGACGAGGAGAGGCCAGAGAGGGAUGGUACUAAAAAGAAAUCAAACGCGGUGCUCAGUUUCUCCGAUGACAAAGAAGUUUCAGCCGAGGAACCAGAGUUCAAGUUAAAAAAAACAAGUAAUAAAGCCGUGUUGUUCCAAGCAAAGAAAAAGCAAACUCCACCAGUCACGACUACACAGAAAACUGGUUCUGGUGUUUUACCACUGGACUCGCCCAAAGAAGUUGAUGAGAACAAGGAUUCAUCUUAUGAAGUUCUCAGUAGUGCAAAUGAAGACAGUGAUGAUGUAGACACUACUGUGGCUAAGGGUACCAACAAGUGGGAUGAUGAUGAUGAUGAUGAUAAUGACGACGACGACGACGACGACGAUGAUGAUGAUGAUGAUGAUGACAAUGAGGACGAUGAUGAUGACGGUGAUAAUGGUGGAGACGAUGAUGUUUCCUCCCCCUCCUCUAACUCAAAGUCCAGCUACUCAAAACCAGUCAUUUUCCCCAGUGCCAAACAGAUAGAGGCAGCUAAAAGGCAACGUCGUGACAUUCGCGCCCAAAAAGACUUCAUCCCUGUAUCCACCAGAAAAACCGACAACAGCUCCGCCUCCAGCACUCCGAGCCGCUACAAUCUGGAAGAGGCAGAAGAACGAGACGACGACGAUGACGAGCCAGACGACCAUGAGAAAAGGAUAGAGUUUGCUCCUCGAUCAAGGACAGUCCGGGAGAGGAUCGCUGAGACGCUUGGAGAGAGCGAUGACAGUCUGUCAGGAAGCGACCGAGAUGAGCAAGAGCUUUGGGAGGAGAUACAGAUUGAGAAGGGAGUCAAAAGGCGCCCUGGAGAGCAGAGCCCAUCUGGCAGUGAGUCCAGCUGGUACAGCAGCGGCAGCAGACAGGAGAGUCAACGGAGACACAAGAAGAAAACUCCAUUUCCAAAGACGCUUCCCUCUGUCACUGUCCAAAUGGUGAAAAGAAGGAUCACUGGAAAGCUGGACUCUUUGAAAGAGGUGCACCGAGCUCGACUGGCUGAUCUGCGACGGAUGGAAGGUGAUGUCGAAAAUGCACGAGCAUCCGCUGAGUGCCUGGAGGAAGCUUCCCAGGAGAAACAGCUGAGUUUUUACCGGAGCAUGAUCCUGUACACUCACAACUUGGUAGAGUGUCUCAGAGAGAAGAUUGUUGACAUCAAUGCUUUGGAGCUGGAGCUGCACAAUAUUCUCUCUGGCCACACGGAGGCGCUGCAGUCUCAGAGACAACAGAAGAUCAAGGGGCUGGCUGAAAAACUACAGCAGCUUUCCUACUCCUCAGAGGAGCACUGUCUCAGUGCACAAGAGGCUGAUGGGGAUACAGUCCAGGUUUCAGAAGCCAAAGACAUACCAGAUGACACUCGAGCGACUCCAGAGGAGGAAGAUCAUCUACAGAAGCAGACAGCUGACAUCCUGCUGAGAGCGCAAUCUGUGUUUUCGGAUGUUCAGGAGGAGUUUUGUGAAGUUAAAAAGAUACUGUCUCGCUUCGAAGAGUGGAGGGCUUCUUACUCUGAGUCAUACCACACUGCAUAUAUCUCACUGUGCCUGCCCAAGCUGCUCAAUCCCAUUAUCAGACAUCAACUUCUGGCGUGGAACCCUCUGAAGGAUGCCUGCGGUGACGUUGAGAACCUUCCUUGGUUUCAGGCAGUGGAGACCUUCUGUCACGGCCAUGGACACGAGGAGCUGGAGCACACUGACAGGAAGAUGCUGUCCACUACCAUUGAGAAGACUGUUCUGCCAAAAAUAACCACCUUUGUUGAUCUGGUCUGGGACCCCAUGUCCGAACAGCAAUCCAAGUGUCUGACGGACCUUUGUCAGAGACUGAGGGAAGACUACUCAAUAUUUGAGGGAGAGCAGAGUAAACCAGUCAAGACCUUCACCGAGGCUGUGACCAGUCGACUGAGGGGAUGUGUUGAGGAGGACAUCUUCAUACCGCUCUACCCUAGAAAGUUCCUUGAAGAUCCAUUGUCCCCUCAAAGGCGCUUCCGUGACCAGCAGUUUUGGUUGGCUGUAAAGCUUCUAGGUAACUUGGGGAAAUGGGACACCGUCCUUCCUGAGGCAGUGUUGAAGGAACUCUUGUUGGACAAGCUGCUGAACAGAUACCUGAUGAUCACAUUGUGCAGUCAGACGCUCACGGAAUGUGAUCUUCCUGCAUGUAAAAGGAUUGCUGAUAGUCUGCCAAAAUCCUGGUUAUCGGACGUGAGUGAAGGUUUACCUCAGCUGCAGUCUUUGAAAAAUCACCUUGUUGGAAAGGUCCAUGCUAUUUGUAAGCAGCAGCCUUCAAAAGAUCCAAACACAAGAUCUGCUGUGGUGGAGGUGCUGCAAGUCCUGAGUAGGCUGAGGUGCCACGACUCAAUUUUGUCCUUGGCAGGGAAAUACCACUAUGAAGAUGCAGUCUACUCUCACCAACUCUUGAAUCAAGAGACAUGAUGGAUCAUGGAAAAAAAAAACAUUAGCAGGAAAAGCAACUUCCAUUACUUUCUUUUUCUUCAGUUCAUCGUCAGACUUUUUCAAGGAUUUCUAUUCAUUUAAACAUUAGAACUCCAUGAUACAGAAACCAUGCUUCCAAAGGACUGUUAAAAACUGCCUGACAAUAAA